AAGUUAAACUUAACUCUCUCUCUCACACUAACUACACUCCUUUCAUUUUGUUCAUUCACCUAACUCUAUUAUAAAACCCAAAACUCAACAACCAUAUUUACCAACAAACUCUCUAGUCAUUCUUUCCCUCUCUCUCUCUCUCUCUAGACUCUUCCAUGGACGCUCUCAACUUCUUGAAGUUCUGGAGAAACAACACUUCAACAACAACAACAACAACCUCAAACAUCACUGUUCCUCAUCUUGUUGUCGAAACCGACACUGAAUCAGACGAAGACGAUUCCUUCUUUGAUUUAGAACUCACCAUCAACGAUUUCAACAACAUUGAAAACAACAAAACCAAUAAUGACCCACCUCUCAAAACAACAAACAUUACCACCUACGAAACUGAAGUUAAGGUUCCACAUAAAACAACGGUUCCUCUGUCACCAAACGAACCCAUUUCGAAAAGAAAAGUGCUUCCAAUUGAACCUACUACGAAACCUCAAUCACCCAUUUCGCUUCUAAAAUCAGCACCGAGUUUCAGAAUCUUCACGUUCAGAAAACAAAGAAGAAUCCCUUCUGAAAAAACAGAAUACGAACAGACUCAGACUCAGACUCAGACUCGGAAGAAAGAAACCAAAGUCUUCGCGGUGAAGGUUAACAUGGACGAUUUUCAUUGUACUCCAUCUCUUAGCAGAGACAACAGCACGAGAAGCUUUGCAAGCAAAGCUCGGAAUCAGGGAACAGAGGAAGCUAAAACAGAACGCGUUUCGAAAGAGAUUUUGCAGAAGUAUUUGAAGUUGAUUAAGCCUUUGUAUGUGAAGGUUUCCAAGAGGUACAGUGAGAAGGUGAAAUUCUCCGGCGAACGGAUGACUGUGGUGGGUUCUCCGUCGUUGUCACCGGCAGUUCAGAAACAAGGGAAUUUUCCGGCGGGGAUGAAGGUGGUUUCUAAGCAUUUUGGUAAAAGUAGGUCGUCGGGUACGGUUGUCGGAGUUUGUUCUCCGGCGAAGAGGAGUGAUGAUACGCUUCUGCAACAACACGAUGGAAUCCAAAGUGCUAUACUUCACUGCAAGAAAUCGUUUAACUCCAGAGAUUGUUCGAUGGGUGUUUCUGAGGAUAAAUCAAUGUGUUCAACGAGAAGUUCUUUUGAAGAUGAAGUGUGAAAAAAAAUGAAAGAAACUAGGUCAUAGAAGAGAAAUGAAAAUGUUUGAUUUUGUAAAGGAAAUGAAAUUAGAAUAGGAGUGAUGAUUAAUGUGAUGUGUACAUGGAUGGGCCAUAAUGAAAAGAAUCUAAUAUUUCUCUGAAUUUGGAUCUUUUUGUGUUGUGUUUGUGUGCAGUUUGCACUCUGCUUGAGGUUGUUGUAUUAUCUCAAGUAGUAUACUGUAGUAUUUUGAUUAGAUGUUAUCAAAAGAUUCAAAGCAUCAACAUUUCUAGUGUGAA